UUGGAUAUCGAAAGAAGGUCGCCAUCUUCAGAAGGGAUGUGUAUGCCAUGACCAACAUGGAGGAGGUUUCUGCCGGCUGCGUUGUGAUGUAUAUGAGCUUCCUUUAUCAAGUGUUGAAGAAAUCGAAGAUGCUUGACAUGAUUGGCUUCGUAGAUCCUGCUAAUACUGGUGUCAUUGGCUGUGGAAAUCCGACUGAACGGGCUCGUUCGUUGUCAGUUUCUUAUGAAAGAGGGAAGCCUGGUCAGAUUUUUUUGGUCCCCUAUAAUUCAGGCUGUCAUUGGAUGUUGACGGUGGCGAACCCCACUGAAGAAGUUGUGUAUUUUAUGGAUCCGCUAAAGAGGCGACUCAUCACCGGUGAAUGGAGAACUAUUGUGGACAACUCCAUCAAAAUAUUCAAUGCCCAAAAACAUAGGAAAGGCCGAAAGACUGUUCAAUGGAAAAACUGUGCAGGCAUUCCGGAGCAGAUGGGUGAUAAGACUUGUGGAUAUUGGAUUAUGCAUUACAUGAGGGAUAUAGUAGAGGACAAAAACCAAGAGUGGAGUGCUAAGUGGGAAAGAAAAGCAAAUCACUAUUACACAAUGGAGAAUGUUGAUGUUGUCCGGGCAGAGUGGGCAAAGUAUGUUAUGAAGUUCAGAGAUAACUAGUGCAUGUGUAGGUUUAUUAACUAGUGCAUCAACUUUUGGACAUGGAUAGUUGAUAUAUAUAUAUAUAUAGGCCAGAUUUUGAUUGCAGUACUGCUAGCUAUUUUGCUAUGUUGUUUAGUUGGUUGCCCACAUUGUGUUGUGCUUCUGGUUUAUUAGCAAGCAGUACUGCAUGCAUAUAUUUUGGUGGCUGCCCAGUUUAGUAUAUAUGGGCCGUUUAGAACUGAUGUUGAUGAUUAGAACUGUGAUGUUGAUGAUUAGGUUCUGAUGUUGAUGAUUAGAACUAUGUACCUGAGACAAUGGUGGAUUAAUGGA